AGCGCCGCGGCGCCGCCAUCGCCACCGCCACCGCCGGCCAGCGGCAACGCACCGCGCCCGCGGGGCACGGCGGGAAGCGGCGCAGGCACCGCCCUUCCUGAGGCGCGGCGCUGGGGGACGGCGGAGCCAUGGCUGUGGCUAGGCUCUGCAGGAUUAGGACUAAAGUCUGCAUGGCACCAUCUUUUGGGAGAUGUCUGCAAAAUAAGCUCUGGACAAGGUCGUGGAAGAAGGAAGAUGCUCGCCCACCCUGGUCUUUGGGUAUGUGGGAGUGUUUGCAGUCACCAAAGCAGCGAGUUAAUAACAUGAAUAGUCAUCCUGGGAGACAGCAAGAGCCAUCUGUCUGUCUGUGCCAUUCAUCCCCUGCUGCUGUGGGCCGACAAACUGCCGUGGAGCAGAAGAUAGAAGAGUUCAAACUGGUAUACAGGUUUCCAGGGAUUAAGUACUGCAGGAUGCUGUCCAGACUGAAGCUGUUGCAGACUGCCACCACCCUGGUCAUGCUGCCACCCGUCACCUACCUCUAUUUGCAAGACCAAGUCUCUCAGGGUGUCCUCUUGUAUACAAGUGGCAUAGCGCUUUUUGCUGGUGCAAUGCUGUAUGCUAUGAGCUACUUUCUAAGACGGAUUAUUGGAUUCAUCUACUUAAAUGAAACUGGCUGUACUGUCCGAGUGUCCCACUUGACCUUUUGGGGGAGACGGAAUGACAUUUACUGCCCCAAAGAGGCAGUGGUGCCUUUGGAUGAAGUUGGAGACAGCAAAGGGGAGCUGCUGCUGCAGUUCAAGCGCUAUAACAGCACAGAUACUUUGUAUUUUACUAUUAAGUAUGGACAGAUUGUAGACAGGCAGAAGUUUACUCAAAUAUUUGGAGAACUUGAGUGAUACAGCAGCCAAUUUACAGUGGCUUUUCUUGCUGUAUGUUCAUUGUCCUUAUUCUUCUGUGAAGUUUAAUUGGUUGUGUCAUUUUCCUGUGCAAAGCCUGCUGGUAAGUGUGCUCUGUGUAGGAAGUAAAGAACAAUCCACUGCUUGCAAUGCCUUGGCAGCUCAUUUAAGGUGUGAGCAGCAUCUUCCAGGGAUACAGGAAAUUGGGUGGUGCUCUGUCACCAGCGGCUCUAAGUCUGAACUCUCCUCCUGGGAACCUGCAGCAGGAGGCUGAAGUAGCAACGCUGACGGGGUGGUUCUUUGAAUUGACAUCUGGGGUGCUUUUGAAACAGGAAAAGUCUUGAGAUAAAAGGCAGUAACUGCCAGAGCAUCCUCACUUUACCAUCAUUGUUUCUUUCUAGUGAACUUUAGGUUGAUUGGGAAGGCUCUUGGAGUUAAAACUUGUCUUGUACAUACACAGGAUUUAGUAGUGCUGGAUGCCAGAUACACACUGGUACAGUGAUGAAGCUGAGGUAGCUGGAAAGAACAAUGUAUAAUGCUGCAUGGGGUGUGUAUGGUCUCUUGUCAAGGUCCUCCAGGAUGGAGAAGUAAAGUUGGGCAGAACAAGGUUGCAUGUCGCAAAACAUAAGGGCAGCUCAGUGGCAAGGCUAAGUUAAAAACUUGGACACCAUUUCAGGAGCCUCUCAGGAAUCAAGGAACACCACACCAAAAUUGUUACACUGUGAGUUACAGGGACAGUCUAUGACACUCUGUUCAGUUUGGGUCCUAAUGAUCACCUGAAAAGUGGAACUACUCAUCCUUUUUUGCAUAUAUUUACUCCUGUCUCCUUUGUAUGAAUUACAUCUAAUCAGUGCUGUAACACCUGAGCUGCAAAACCUUCAGGAGACACUACCAAAAUUAUCUUCGUCUGUGUGAAUGAAGCAGUCUUCUGUGAAGGUUACUGUAUAGCCUGGGAACUGAGUUAUCUCCUUAAGCUGCUCUUCCAGCUGUUACUUCAUUUGAAACUGGCAAAUAAACUGACCCUCACCAACA